AUGCUCCGCUUUGAUAGUGGUUAUGUGUGGGGCUCCCAGAGCAAUGACACCAAAAGGCAGUUUCUACUAGAGCGGCUUCUGGAUGCAGUGAAGCAGUCCAGAAGGUCUCCUUUCCCUCUAAAUGAUGCGUGCCAAAUCCGCUUUGGAGGAAGAAAAGAAAUUGCCUCAGAUUCUGAUAGCAGAGUGACUUGCCUGUGUGCUCAGUUUGAAGCUGUAUUACAACACGGCUUGAAGAGGAGUCGAGGUCUAGCCUUAACAGCAGCGGCGAUCAAACAGGCAGCAGGAUUUGCCAGCAAAACAGAAACAGAGCCCGUAUUUUGGUACUACGUGAAAGAGGUAUUGAAUAAGCAUGAACUGCAGCGCUUCCAUUCCCUGAGGAACAUAAGCACCGACGUGGGGAGAGGCCGAGCGUGGCUGCGCUGUGCUCUCAACGAGCACUCCCUGGAACGCUACGUCCACAUGGUGCUGGCCGAUAAAACCAGACUGAGCAACUUUUAUGAAGACUGGUCUUUUGUGAUGGAUGAAGAGCGGGCUAGCAUGCUUCCUACAAUGGCAGCGGGACUGAACUCCAUCCUUUUUGCGAUCAACAUCGACAACAAGGAUUUAAACGGGCAGAGCAAAUGCACUCCAACCGUGUCAGACCUGUUAAAGGAGUCGACCCAGAACGUGACGUCCCUGUUCAAAGAGUCCACCCACGGCGUGAGCAGCCUCCUCCGGGAGAUCACCGCGGCCUCGGCCGUGUCCAUCCUCAUCAAGUCGGACCAGGACUCGGAUCCGCUGCCGGUGGUGUCCAAGGGCGUCGGCAUUGAUGCAAAAUGUAAAAAAGAUCGGAAAAAGAAAAAGAAGGUGACCAACAUCAUCUCCUUUGAUGAGGAGGAAGAUGAGCCAAACUCCGGAGACGUCUCCAGAAAGACAACGGGGUUAGGAGAGAGCUCAGAGGAACACUCAGACCAGUCAUCAGUUAAUGCUUUACUGGCCUUUGAAAACCCCUUUCUUCAGACCUCUAACGGAAGUCACAGUAGCAGCUCCUGGAAAAUGGAUUCAGUUUCCUUCAAUGGGGAAUACGGGUACCAGAAGCUGGAUGUGAAGAGUAUUGAUGAUGAAGAUAUAGAUGAAAAUGAAGACCAGGUGUACGGAAAGUCAUUGGGGAGCCAAAGCCUUGACGAUCACACGGAGGCUUCUAAGAAGGCGCUGGAGGACAACACCUGCCUUUCACAGAUGCACAGCUGGGCUCCUCUGCAGGUGCUGCACGGCGAUUCAGAUAUGUUGUUUCCUGUCAGUGGAGUAGGGGCCUAUACCCCGGCGGGUGCCACCUUAGGUAACCUGGAGAAUGGAGCCGGACGACAGAGCGGCCUGUUUGCGGGACCGGAACUUCGGUACAGGGCAGAAGUCGGCCCUCCUGGCCAGGGGAGUCCUUUAAGCAGCCCACUCUCCUCAGCCACGGUGCCCGAAUCAAUGACAAUUAGUGAACUGCGACAAGCUAUUGUAGCCAUGAUGAACAGAAAAGAUGAGCUUGAAGAAGAGAACAGAUCACUGCGGAACCUGCUCGACGGAGAGAUGGAGCACUCCGCGGCUCUCAGGCAAGAAAUCGAUAACUUGAAAAGAAAAGUGGCCGAACAGGAGGAGAGACACGUCGCCAAGAUCCAGGCGCUGGCCAGAGAAAAUGAGGUACUGAAAGUACAACUAAAGAAGUAUGUCGGAGCUGUUCAGAUGCUGAAAAGGGAAGGACAAACAACCGAAGUUGUGCCAAACCUUUGGAACGCUGAGGGAGAGGUUACAGUUCCGGAACAAAAGCCAGAAGAAGUCAAUGAAGAACUUGCCAGCUCCUAUGAAAGAAAGCUAAUAGAGGUGGCAGAAAUGCAUGGAGAGCUGAUAGAAUUCAACGAGAGACUGCAUCGUGCCCUGAUAGCUAAGGAGGCACUUGUGUCUCAGAUGAGACAGGAACUUAUUGACCUACGGGGACCAGUCCCUGGAGAUUUGAGCCAAACAUCUGAAGACCAGAGUUUAUCAGAUUUUGAAAUAUCAAAUCGAGCCCUCAUAAAUGUCUGGAUUCCUUCCGUUUUUCUUCGUGGAAAAGCUGCUAAUGCAUUCCAUGUGUACCAGGUCUAUAUCAGGAUAAAGGACGAUGAAUGGAAUGUAUAUAGACGGUAUACAGAGUUCCGAAGUUUGCAUCACAAGUUACAAAAUAAGUACCCCCAAGUAAGAGCCUAUAACUUCCCACCCAAGAAGGCCAUUGGAAAUAAGGAUGCAAAGUUUGUAGAAGAGCGACGCAAGCAGCUACAGAAUUACUUAAGAAGUGUUAUGAACAAAAUCAUUCAAACUGUCCCAGAGUUUACAGCAAAUCCCAAAAAAGAGACUCUUAUUCAACUGAUGCCCUUUUUUGUCAACAUCACCCCUCCUGGAGAACCAGCCGGCAAGAGCGGUCGCACGAGAGUGGCUUCUCGCUUCCCCAAAUUAUCCCGGAACCUGCCUAGGGAAUCACGGAAUCUGGAGCCACAGAGUGGUGACCUCUGA